GUCCGCGCGCGUUCCCGUCGGCUCGGACAAGAAACGUUGGGGACCAAAAAGUAAUACAGCAAAAAACCAGAUCCCUGCGUCGGCUCACCCCCAAGAUAUCGUCAUGAUGGAGGCCACAUACCUGCUUGGCCGCGUUCUGGUCGCCGGGCUCUGGCUAUUGCUGCUGCUGGGGGCUGGGGCGGAGGCCCACGAUAGGGGAGGAGGCGGCGGAUCAAGCACUGGGCCGGCGUGGGCGGCGACGACGAGGGCCGUCAUGGUGGGCGCCAACGGGCGCGUCUUCUCGCCCAACCGGACGGUGGCCGGCGUCGGCGACGUGGUCGAGUUCAGCUUCUACCCGGGCAACCACAGCGUCGUCCGGUCGGCCUACAUGUUCCCCUGCGUGCCCUUUGAGACGACGGGCGCCGGCAAGACGGGGUUCUGGUCGGGCUUCUUUGACGACAAGAGCCAGACUCCCGGGAGAUGGCGCCUGACCAUCACCGACACGACCCCGAUCUUCUUCUACUCGUCCGGGCCCGACGACUGCAACAGGUACGGCAUGGUCGGCGGCAUCAACGUCGACCCGGGCGAGCUGCAGAUGCAGCACGACAUGGCCGUCGACUCGCCCGCCGUCGUCCAGCCCACCGUCGCCUCGUCCCCCAACGGCGGCCCGAGCGGCUCCGGGUCCUCGCCCGAGCCCGCUCCGCCGUCGCAGUCGUCGUCGGGCGUCCCGCCCGGCGCCAUCGCGGGCAUCGCCGUCGGCGUCUUGGCGGCGCUGGCACUCCUCGGCUUCUUGUUCUACGCCUGCGGCCGCCGGCGAGGCGACUACGACCAGCGCCGCCGCAUGCUGUUUCCCCUCGGCCGGAUGGGCGGUGGAGGCGGCGGCGGCGGCGGCGGCGGCGGCGGCGGCGACGAGAGAAGGAUGCCGUCGCCCAACAAGGAGUCGCAGUACCACCGGGGCUCGUCGUCGCACCGCCGCCACGACCGCGACGGCAGCAGCAACCACCACCCGCACCACAAUCACCACAAUCACCACCACGACGAGCGCACUUCGUCCGUGACCUUCCUCCCGACGAGGGGCGGCACCAUCAGCGGGACCCACGGCGGGAGCAGCGGCAGGGACCGAGGCAGCGGCAGCGGCGGCGGCGGUGGAGACGGCGGCGGUACCACGGCGUCGAGGGCGGGCACGCGCAGCAGCGUGGUCAGCAGCACCAACACGACGUCGCCGUUUGUGGCCUCGGCCUCAACAGCAGGAGGAGGAGGACCGCCAUCUGCGAAUGGCAACACCGCGGCGCAACAGCAGCAGCAGCAACAGUCGCCGCCGCCCACGGCCGUCGUGGCCGCGGGCGCGCCCAUCGUCGACGGCGACACCAUCUACGUGCCCGUCAAGCGCAGCGCC